UUUUCGCGGGGAGAGAGAAGUGAGGAGUGAGAAGUGAGAAGUGAGGAGUGGACAGACGCAGCCUAGCCUUGAUCAUUUACAAACAUUGCCGUAUAAACUCUCCCGAUUCCUCUGAUAACGCUCGUGUGUCGAUGAGAUCGCCUUCAGUGGUCGAUAGCGUGUCCUCAGGCGCGAGGUUGUGAGGAUGAUGGCAGCAGUGCCUCUAUCUAGUGCCAGCCUCCUUCCUCUUCUGGAGUGUCUGGAAGAUGAAGCAGCCGGGCUGUCAGAGAAGACAGAUGCCUACAUCACCAUCGCAAACCGCCUGAAUGGAGAGGAGGGGCGUCAGUUUCUGUCUGUAGUUGUAAAACAUUUUGCACGUCUAAGUAAAGUCCUUUUGGUUCAUAUCUCCAGUGAGAACGAGGAGCUGUGUCAGGCUGCAUUGCAGGCUUUGGGAUUCUGUGUCUUCCACUCACACAUUGUUUCAGUCAUACCAGCAAAUAUUUCAGAAGAUAUACUGUCUACGCUCUGUAAUGUUGUGGUAAAAUCAAAGGAGAAGUUUACGUGCACUCGAGCAUUAUGGGUGAUUUCAAAGCAGAAUUUCCCGCCAGAGGUGGCAUCCAAAAAGGCUCCAGAGAUUCUGAAGAGUCUAGAGGCCAUGCAGACCAGAGAGGUUCAGUCCAUCCUCAUUGAACAUGAAUCACUUAAUGUCAUAAUAAGGUUGCUGGAGCAGGCCCCCCAGUGUCAGUGUACCAUUUGUUUGUUUUUAGAGCCCCUGACGCACCCGCUGUUUACCAGCCCUUCCUCCUUCAGUAGACAUGCCUCCACCCUCAUAUCAGCCAUCAAAGAAGGCUUCAUUACUGUGGGAAAGCACGCUCCAGAAGCGCUGCUUAAUCUCAUUUGGAGCACCCUGAUCUGUUCUGUCAGCACAACAAUAGAAGCUUGUAAUAAGAAGGAACGACAGGGGUCAGAGGUUCUCACGCUGCUUCUACAGGCUUUGCAGUCCAUCCUGUCCUCAGAUGGUCUGCCUGCUGAACGUGCCCUGCUUUUGCUGGAAGUCACUGUUAAUGGAAUACCUCAGAAGGUGCUUGGUUCUGCUGCUUAUCAAGUGGCAAACAUGGAUGUGUUAAAUGGUACACCUGCACUUUUUCUAAUACUGCUAUUCUACCAGAGUAACCAGCUCUCAUCCUUUCUUGAAGAUGAGAGGUUUUUUUCAAUCCUGGAGACCCUUGUGAGUUGUGGGUUUUGUGGGCCUACAUCUCCCCUGGCAUUUGGAGAGGCUGUUUUAGGAGCGAUUAGUGGGAGUGUGGAGGCUGUUAAGAUCAAGAAACAGCUCUGGAGGAUGUGGAGUAUGGUGGUAAACCCUCUGACGGAUACCAUCACUCAGACCAAUGAAGUGAAUCAAGGAGAUGCUCUGGAGCAUAAUUUCAGUGCCAUUUACAGUGCCUUGAUGUUCCCAGUUGUUCAUCUACUGCCUGGUUUGCCCCUGCCCCAAACCACUCAGAAGGCCAUGAUCGGUACCUGGUCCAGGCUUUACAAGGCGUUUGCUCGCUGCUCAUCUUUGGUAGCCACAGCGGAGGAGAACAUAUGCUGUGAAGAGCUGUGUGCCAAGAUCUGUUCCUCUCUUGACAGUGAGGCUCUGAAAAGUAUGCCUAUGCUAGAUGCAAUAGCAAAUAUCUUGCUGGUCAUCAUUGAGAGUAUGGACUUCUCUCCUUACACCCCACAGUUUCAGCAGAAGAUGAAAUCUCCUCAUGCACCCUUGAGUUGGGUGCGCAAGAGAAGCAAAGCCCUGGGGAAUCUCUCGACCUUCCACGUUCUCCUGGUGCAGACUCUAGAUGCAUUCCUUUCUGUGGAUUUCUCAGAAGCAUCUGUAGAGUCCACUGGUGGGGUUUUAAAUGGAAUUGGCUUGACGCUGGUCUCUAACUUGUCAACUCUUUUCACUAAUAUCACACUGCCCACGUUCAUACAAGAGGUGCUGUCCUCCCUCACCAAACCACUCUCAUGCCUUUUUGAACUGGUCUCCAGUCAUGAUGAACCAUCAAAGCUCAGUGCAACACUAGGACCCAAGUUGGAGAAACUGGCCACGGACCUGCUUGGGUGCCUUCAGACACAAUCAACUCUGCAUGAUGAUGAGAUGCUUGCCAUGUUGUCACCCUUGCUCUGUGUGCUUUUUCUGCACAAGAGCAAGCAAAUUCGCACUGUGGUCACGCAGUUCUGGAAUACCACUUUUGGAAUUGCACUCACCUUGACGUACCCUGAUCCUCUUAAGUCUGUUUUAAGUCAGGCUAAGCAAAAGACUCCAUUGAUUUUACCUGGUUUUGAAGCCGUUGAUGCACCAGAUGAUUGCAGUGGACAGUAUACGAGUGAGAGUUCUCAGCUGGACCCUCAGAUCAGCGGGGUAAAGAUGACCUCUGUGAGAAAGAGGGACUCCCUCCUGGCAAGGGCAGAAGAGCUUAAAGGAAGAGGGUCUUUAACUGUUGCAAAGCCGGUGUCUGUAAAGCUGGAUUUUGGAUCACCCAAGCCAUUGAGGCGGGAAGCUAUUGAGGAGGAGGCAUCAGUGGAUUUUGUUUUUAUUCCACCUGAGACAAAGGAGAGAGUGCUAACUGAGCACCAGAAAGAGGUCAAAAGGACUAAACGGGUUGACAUUCCUGCGCUCUAUAAUAAUCUGGAUGCAUCCCUGGACACAACAGUCUAUUCACAGUAUACUCCGAGUCAAGAGGAGUCCAUGGACAAAUUGACAAAAGAUGAAAAGCAUCAACCAGAGGAAGAGGCUGAUGUUCAGCUAAAGGAGGUUGCUGCAAGUGAGGAACCAAUCACAGAUGUUAAAGUAACCCAAGAAGGCACCAGAUCAGCCGUAGAAACACCAGAGAAAGCUACACAAAAUAAAGAUCAAACUUCAGAGAAGAAUCGGUCACCAUCGAGUGACAUCUCAGUUGAUGUGAGUGGGCAUGAGAAAAGUGGAGUCGAGGGGACCAGCCCUAAUGUUUCAAGUUCAUCUGAUAUGAUAUCCGGUACACCACCUAAACCCAAUAGCAGGCGUCAGUCGUUUAUAACCUUAGAGAAAUAUGUUGAAGGGAAAUCACCAAGUCCUGCAAGUGUUGCAUUUGCUGGUCCACACACCCGCAAAUCGAGUAGGCUGGGUUCUUCAAAGGCAUCAGAGUCUACUCCAAAUAGCUCACAACUUCAGACUACAAAGGGGAGCAGCACUGACCCAUCUGGUCAAAAUGAGGAAGCAAAAGUGGAGGCAAAAGAUGAGACGUUAACGGGAGGUCAUCACGUUGAAGGUACAGAUGAGGAAGAGGAUGAUGUGGUCCCAGAUACCCAGACCCAAUUAUCUGGUGAAGCGUCAGGUUUUAAGAACAGUCCUGUGUCUAAAGCCAAUGCAGAGGAACAAGAUUCUCCUGAAAAAGAUUCACAGAGUCUUGCUGAUUCUCAAGCUAGUCAAGAACCAAGAAGGUCAGGCAGACGGCGAAGUAAACCUGUUCGCCCAGGGGAAGAUCCAGGGGAGAUGUCAAACAAAUGUCAAGAACAAGUUGCAGACUCUGCAUUGACAAAUACACAGAAGCCAUUACUGUCUCCAACAAGUAGCACUUUGACUGGAAGAAGAAGUAAGGUUAUUGAAGACAUUAAAGCUGAAGGAGACAAGCUGAACAAAAGAAUUAAAGGAGAGCUUAGUCAAAGUAAUUCACAGAUUUCCUCUGCAGAAUCUUCACAGGCAGUUCCACAGGCAAUAGUUAUGCCUGGUAAUAAAGAGCUAAGCCAGUCUGAGCCCUGUUCCGAGAGUUCCCCUGUAACUCAAUCAGAUAGCCAAAGCAAAGAGAGAUUGCCAACUCUCAAUGAGUCUGAAGGUCUGUCACCAGGUAGACCUACAAGGAAGACUAGAGCGCACCUUGAGGAGUCAACAGACAAGGAGGCAGAUGAAAACUCUCAAAAUGAUCCUCAAAAUGUUGCAUCCGCUUUGCAAAAGAAACAUUCACUGACACCUCUUUCUGAUUCUGAGGCUGAUAGCCAGCAAACUGUCCGAACACGAAGAAUAAGGAGGUCUGAAUUUCAAUUACUGGAGCUGUCUGGUUCACAGACCAAAGACGACUCGAGUCAGACAGACUCUCAAACACUCACAAUGGUUAAGGGUAGAGCUAUGAGGAGGAGAGCUGCAGAAGAAGAAACAGACUCUACUAGAGAUGCCACAUCAAUUGUAAAUGCUGAGGAGUUAAGUGCAAGCCAAGAUUGCUCUGAAGGUCUUGGUAGAUACAGAACUCGAAGAUCUAAAGGUUUGUUGGCUCCUACCGACAAUACAGAGUCUGAAAUCUCUGAUAGCCGAGAAGACGGACCAAGGCCUAAAAAGAGACUGCGGAAACCAUUAUCCACAGAGGUGCUACCAGUUGCCACAGAACCGAAAGGUACUGAGAUUGUGCCACAUAUGGAGGGUGUUGAUGUUUCAAUAGAGAUGUCACAGGAUGAGGCAGAUCAUGAAACCAGUUUGAAUAUUUCAGUCAGUGAAACCAAAGAAGAGCUCCCUUCCCCUGAUGGUGCACCACAUGAACAGAUUACCUCUGAAAAAGGCGCAGAAGAUGCCAAAAUUGAGACAAAAUUGAAAACUGAUAAGGAUGAAAAGGAGACCAUUAGUGAGAAGGCAGAGGGUGAAGAAUUGAAUUCAUCUUCACAUAUUGGAUCAGAAGAUUUUACCCAGAAGACUGACAUUUUGCGUAAAUGCCCACAUACCAGGGGACGGGGACGUGGGCGUAGACGAUCGAGAACCUGCAACUGCUUUUCAAACAACCGUGACGUGUUCUCACAGGACAGUGACUUCCAAGAAUCGCAGGAUCUGAAAAAUGAGCAGGUUCCACUUGUCUCUGAUGCCCCGAACUCUCAACCUGAGCAGUCAAGCUCAACAUCUGUAUCAGAGAAAAGCAAGAGCUCAGCAAUUUCAGAUGUCUCAGAUUUUGAUGUUCAGCCAUUUUCAGCCUUGCCUGCACAGCUCCCAUCUGAGGUUUUGCCUUCUGAGAGUCCCAUUGCAAAGCUUGGUGUAAUUGUUUCUCAGCUGUCUGAAGCACAGGAAGGAGCACAGCUUGAAUUGUCCAAACUGACAGAUAAAACGAACAAGGAGCAUCUAGAGGUCCCGGAGGCAGAGACAAAUCAGUUAAGGAGUUCUGAGUUCGCAGGUAGUCAAAAGCACAAAGAAGGAGAAGAUAGAUUGGAAAACACUUCAGUAGGUCAAGAACCUCUCCAGAGUUCAACACCUCAAGACACAUCUCCAAGUCAAGGUCGCCCAGUGGAAGAUGCACCUAUAUGCCAAGAGCAACUAGAGUCUUCCCAUGUCCAGCAGGAGGAUGCAGUUAACCCAGCAGUGAAGGAAUGUGAAGACCUUGCUGUUUCAGAGCCAAGUGGAGAAAAGGUUGUGUUGCCGGAAGAGUCAAAUGGCAAAGAAUUGCUUGACAAGGAUGUGGCACUCGACGAGAAGGAUGAAGACGCUCGGAUCGACAACCGCGAUCUUCCUGUGGUUGCACAAGAGUCGCCGUCUGUGCCACCUCAGAGUAGUACAUCUGAAGCCUGCUUAAAUUCUCCACACAAGCCUAAACCUUUGGACUCUCUCAGCGGAGAGCUAGAGCCUGGCCAGAGUCCGAGCAGAAACCGAUCUCGUGUCUGGUCACCAUCCGCUUCUCCGUCUACCAGUAUUCUGAAGAAGGGACAAAAGAGAACAUGUGAAGAGGAAACACCCUCCCCCCUUCCUAAGUCUCGUCGAGUGUCUUUUGCAACUCCAAUUUAUCAUCAAGAACUGGCUGAUGAUAUUGAUCGACGUAGUCCAGUUAUUCGCACAAGCUCGCCUAGGUCAAAAGUCUUGAGUGGGCAGUCGAAGUAUAUCACUACACCCACAAAAGGCUAUUCAAGUCUAAGUCCACGUAACCUCCGUAGUCCUGGAUCCAAAAGCUCUAAAAAAUGCCUGAUUUCCGAAAUGAGCCAGGAGCCACGUCCUAUUGCUAAAGAUUGUGUUUAUCCAGCACUCGUUGGCUGCUCUACCCCUAUAGAGGCUGUGUUACCACAGAUAUCCUCCAACAUGUGGCCUCGUGGCUUUGGUCAGCUCGUUAGAGCUAGAAACAUUAAAACGGUUGGAGACCUGAGUGCCCUUACCCCAAGUGAAGUCAAGUCUCUUCCUAUUCGUUCACCUAAGCUGUCCAAUGUGAGGAAAGCACUUAAAACCUAUCAUGACCAACAGAGAAAAGGGCGUUCGGAUGACCUGAAGAGUUUUGACGAAAUGGAGAAAAUGACAUCUGAGCCUGAGGAAAUGGAGCUUCAUCAAAACCAAGAUGAGGAGCAAACACCAGGAGAGGCUCAAGAUGACAAGCCAUCAGAGGUGAGUGUAGAUUCAGAACUGAUGGCUGAGGAGAACAAAUCUUGUGAUUUGCUAUCAGAUGUUGUAGCCCUUAGUGGAUGCCUAACUUCAGAGGAACUUGAUCGCUGUUCACCCAACCAGCUGGGCCUGAUGCACGAACAUCUGAGUGGAAUGAUGAGAAGCAUUGUGACCCAUAUGCAGUCCCGCUUGCGGAGUAAUCUUGAUGAUAGCUUGCCAUGAGGACAUCGAGACAUUUUCCUGAUAUCAGAAUUCACUUUUAACUUGAAGAUAAACAGUGGACUGCUCAUUUCUCAAGUUUUAGCUUGAAUUUUAGAGUAGAUGAAUUUCUAAUUAUGCUCUUUCAGAGAAUAGACUUUCCAUUGCUACUUAAGUGUCAGUGUAUUUUAUGGAGGGCUUUUUAAGACUGUAAAAUUGUGCUGAGAUGCCAAGGAAACUUUUUUUUAAAUAAAGUUAUAGU